GGGAGAAACAACUAUUUGCGCACAGGUAUUUCAAACAACUUCCUCUCUCGCUGUAGCAAAUAGGACUGUCCGAGAUACCCACGUCAAGCAUCAAUAUGCGUUGUCAUACACUUCCCGAGCUCCUCCGCAAGGCUGCCCAGGGAGACCCAUCUCGCGGCCUUAUAUUUUACCCAUUGGGAUCCUCAAUCACAACUGCACCAACGCUGGUUAGUUACAGAGAGUUUUUGGGCCAGGCCAAAGAAAAAAGUGAGAGGGUUGCACAACUAAAAGAGUUUGCCCCCGGUCGUCCUGUCCUACUGCAUUUUGACAGUCAUUGGGAGAAUAUUCUAUGGUUCUGGGCGAUACUCCUAGCAAACGGGGUACCGGUACCAACGCCUCCCUUGAGCAAUGUCGCCGAACACCGAAUAAAGCAUCUCCAGUCGCUCUCCUCACUUUUGGGCUCGCCGAUAUGUAUCACCUCUACCAAAUUCAUCCCAUCAUUCGCUGGUGAUCAUGGCAUAAAGCUCUACACUACACGAGAUUUGAAAUUCGGACUGCACCUUCCAAAUUCGGACUCAAUGGGAGGGCAAACGACUGGCACCGACGCUGAAGGCCUGGCCGCGCUGAUGCUCACUUCAGGAAGCACGGGCAAUGCGAAAGCGGUACGACUGCGGCAUAGCCAAAUCCUCGCUGCACUUGCUGGGAAGGCGUCAGUGCGAGGUCUCGGACUAGACACACCCUUCUUGAACUUCACAGGAAUGGAUCACGUGGCGGCCUUGACGGAGCUACACCUUCAUGCACUGUACCAUGGCGUUGACCAGAUCCAUGUUCACGCUUCAGAUCUCCUCUGUUCUCCGAGGCUUUUCCUGGAUCUGCUGAGCCUGCAUGAGGUAUCUCGCACUUUCGCGCCGAACUUUUUCCUGGCACAACUGCUGUCUUCGCCAGACGUGAAGACUCCACAGAAGUGGGACUUCAGCAACCUCAAGUGGUUGGUGUCCGGUGGGGAAGCAAAUAAUAUCGACAUCUGCCGUGAAAUAUCUUCACUCUUAUCAAGAUUUGGUGCUCCAACAAAUGUGCUCUCCCCGGGAUUCGGAAUGACAGAGAUUUGCGGGGGAGCUAUAUACAACGUCAAUUGUCCUCAACAUGACUUACAAAAUGGAUAUGCAGUUGCCUCUGUGGGCACUUGCAUAGAGGGCAUUGAGAUGCGGAUUACGCGACCGGACAGUUGUAGCGAAUCAUUUUGUGCGGUGAUCAACGAGACUGGAGAUCUGGAGGUACGCGGUGCAGUGGUUUUUGAUGGAUACUUCAAUGAUGACGUGUCAACCGCCGCUGCCUUCACUCAGGAUGGGUGGUUCCGAACCGGCGAUCGGGCCUUCAUCGACUCGGGGGGUCACCUGAACAUGGUCGGAAGAACCAAGGACGUCAUGAACAUAAAUGGUGUCAAGAUCAGCCCAGCGGAUCUACAGUCGUCACUCGAGAAGUCUCUCGAGUGUCUUGUGCGCCGUGUUAUCUGCUUCCCGUCAACAUCAUCACGGACUCGCACUGAGCAGAUUACCGUCGCAUAUGUACCUCAGAACUUUCCAACUAAUCCGAAUGAUGCUCACAAAAUCAACGCCAUCAUUCGACAAACUUCAGUCCUUAUUUCAGGGGCAACACCUUUUACAUUCGCCCUGUCUAGUGAAAUGCUACUCCCAGUGACGACUUUAGGAAAGAUAUCGAGAGCGAAAAUGCGAUCCCUUUUUGAAGGCGGUAUUUUCGACCAAGAUAUCAAGGCUUAUCACGAGACUCUCAGUGGGGUAGAAUUCCCCUCCUCAAACGUUGUCCCAAAUAAAACCGAGCUUAUGCUGCUUGAAGAUUUCCGUACUGCAUUUGGCGACCGUUGCGAUGAUAUCGGAGUAGACGAGUGCAUUUUCGAAGUCGGAAUCACUUCUGUGGAUCUUAUUCGACUCAAACGCCAAUUGGACAGCCGACUAGACAUCGACAUCGCCAUCAGCGCUCUCAUCAAUAAUCCAACGGCUAGGUCACUUGCUGCGGCCAUCGCUGACCUACAGUCGUCCACAAAAUAUAACCCCGUUGUGACACUUCGACGUGGAGGAAAUAAGACCCCGCUUUGGCUCGUUCACCCUGGCAUUGGCGAGGUUCUUGUCUUUCUCGGUCUCGCGAAUCAUAUGGAUGAUAGGCCAGUGUAUGCACUGCGAGCGCGGGGGUUCGAUGAUGGACCGCUGUUCGCGAAUAUCGGCGAAGCAGUGGACACUUACUGUACUGCCAUUACGAGUCAUCAAGCAAAGGGGCCAUAUGCAAUUGCAGGUUAUAGCUACGGAACCAUGCUAGCCUUUGAGAUCGUCAAAGUCCUCGAAAGCCGUGGUGCAGAGGUACCCUUCUUCGGGAGCUUCAAUCUGCCACCACAUAUCAAAACACGAAUGCGACAGUUGACGUGGAACGUGUGUCUCCUUUAUUUGGCCUGUUUCCUGGACUUGGUAACCGACGAGUAUGCUGAAUCUAUCGAAGGCGAACUGCGACGUCUAGAUCGCAGACAAGCUUUGCAGAGACUCUUGAACAUCUCCGAUGCCAAUAGACUGGCAGAACUGGGGAUGGACGAGCAAAAGCUCACCAAAUGGACGGACGUUGCAUAUGGGCUACAGAACAUGGCAGUUGACUAUGAAGCUUCUGGGAUGAUUAGCUCAAUAGACGUGUUCCACGCAAUUCCGUUGAGGGUAGCGGCAUCGUCUAGGGCAGAUUGGAUCGAGAAUCAUCUCAGCAAGUGGGAGGACUUCUGCCGGACCUCGCCCAGAUUUCAUGAAGUGGGUGGUGAGCAUUAUACCAUGCUCAGCCCUACGCACGUGUCGCGAUUUUCCAACACAUUGAAUAGGGCACUGGAAGCUAGAGGAAUUUGA